AUGACAAGACUUAAGUAUACUACAUCGUCGAUUAUAGAAAAUAAUGUAUGCAGGCAAUACUGGCCCAUCAACAACAAGCACAUUUGCACGGCCGCUGCAGGAUUGGGACAAGACACUUGUGAGAGUAACAGCGGUGGUCCUCUCAUCGUAAGAAGAAAUGACCAGGACUUUCAAAUAGGUAUUGUGAGUUACGGAGACCAAUUUUGUCCUACCAAAUCACCUAAUGUGUUUACUAAAGUUUCUUCAUAUAUAGACUGGAUUCGCGAAGUUAUGAUGCGAUAUUAG